AUGGAUUCUACGCUCUACAGCACAAGCACAAGCACACCAACCCUGCUCACUCUACCCGCCGAACUCCGCCUCCAAAUCUACUCCUACGUCCUGGGUCCCUCCCAACCACUCCUCCUCUCAACAUAUUGCGGACACAACACCUGGACAUCUCCCCCACUAUCAAAAACCUGCUCCCUACUCAGAAACGAAACAUCACACCUGCAUUUCCUCAACCACGAAUUCAUCUACGAUUUACGCUCCCCUCUAGACGAUGGAGUAAAAUGUUUGAGAAAAACAUUACAGUGGUUGAGAGAGCAGGGGUGUAGGUUGGGGAAACUGAGGUUUAAACAUGUCAGUAGGGGUGUAUUGAGUAUAGAGGAAUUGAUCAAAUGGGUAGAAGUGUUUGUGGAGUUUGCAGAUGUACUGCCGAAACACGAACAACAUGUCACAUUCUGUCAAGGGCCUUUGCGCUACAGGGAAUUUGCCGCUCAAGCUGCCGCUGCAUUACGCCAGUUGGUCAAAUAUUCUGGCGGUAUCAAUAGGGAUAUCUUGGGUUCUGGGGAGGAAGCGGUGUUGGCGGAGUGGAUUGUGGAGGAGAUGGAAAAGACGGUGGAGGGAAAGAGUGUUUUGAAGGGGCUGAGGGUUGCGGAGGAGUUUGUUAGGGGGUUCAGGGUUGCUGCUGGGGGAGAGGUUCAGGGGACUAAUGUUUUGAGGUGGGCUAUGAUGAGUGGAGGGAUGAUUGAGGGGUUGAAGCAUGUUGGGUAUACUUGAUGAGGAGGAAGAACGAGGUGCUGGAAUUGAGAUACACAAAGAGGAUAUAGCUUGACAUGGACGCCUGCUUGUUGUCCGGUCCCAUGGAACAGCAUGAUUGCAUAUGAGGGUUACUUCGCCGUGACCAUUGGGUGUGAGAGAAGCAUUCGACGGAAGACAGAGCUCACCAAAUGGCAUUGAGACGUUGGGAGAGAAACAAUAAGAGAAGUUGAAAACAUGCUUGUAGUUUCUUUCUGUUUGAAC